AGGGUGGAACUUGCUUCCUCUUACUAUCCCAACUCUCUUUUCCUUGGCCUGGUGUAGGUGCCUGUGGGGUAAGCAGAAAGUGGGAGUUUCCCAUACCUUCCCAGAGAAGGUCCCUCUAGCCCUUGCCCCAAGCUUCCUAAUUCAGGACUUCAGUUUCCUGCAGAGGAGAAAUAAGACAGGGAGCAGGCCUGGCUCUCUGCCUCUCCACGUGCUCAUGGCCUCUCCCAGGCUAACACUAAGCAGUGUCAUGAGUCUGAGCCAGGUGGGAGAUUAGUUCUUGGGGGCAUUUCAGGGCUGAGAAGGGGGAAGAAUGACAGGUGGAAGGCUACCAACAAAGAGGGGCAGCUGCCAUCCUUGACAGCACCAUCCUCUUGGGAGACUAUGACAUAGGUGGUGGUCAGGAACCUAGGCUGAGAAAAACAGCCAAGGAGGGGGCCGGGCAUGCCUGGCCUCUGCCAAGCCUGGGCUUUACCCAGGCAGGCUCCAGCCUCUCUGGCUCCUCCUCUGCCCUCCGCCCACCCCAGCACACAUAUACUUAAUAUUCCUGGCACCCACAUCCACCCAGUCUAGACUUUGGCCUUUCCUGUGGCUAGUGUGGGAGCCGGGGAAGACUGGGAGCACAGUCUCUCCGACAAAAGCAAAAGAAGAAGCUGCAGGCAUUGUAGUCCCUGCCAACUUUCCCCAGAGGAGGUAAGUGGGAUAGUGGGAGCUGAGGGUGCUGUGGGAAGUCUACCUAGAUAUUACACUCGUUGACAGACGAGUUUAAGCUUUUAACUUGCUCCCUCGCACACUAUCCCCUUUGAUCCUCCACAACUCUGAGGUAGGCCUGGUGGGUGUUAGCCCCACAUAGUAGAUGAGAAAACAUGUUCAGAGAUGCAGUGAGAUGCUCAGCAUCACACAGCAAGUUUGGGAGGCACAGGACUAAAAUACAAGGCUCUUGGCCCUGUUUGUGUUUCUAAAAACCAGGCCCAGUUUACAAUUAGAGGGUUCAGCUGUCCCUGGUUUUAGUAGGAGAGGUGUGACAGCAAGCAAGAAGAUGCCUCUGCUCCCAUACAGGACCUGGCUUUUAGUUGUUAGCCUCAAAUAUAGGGUCUGCCCACGGUUUUGCAUGCAUAGAUGAGCCAGUUAUCUGCCAGGCAGGUAAUUUCUCCAUCUGCUCAGACCAGACACUUCCAGCUAGGAAAGCUAUUAGGAGAAAGGGCUUGAGGGCCAAAGUAAAUGGGACAAGUUUUCCUGCCCAACCUAGGCUGCCAUCUGCAGGUCACGUGGGUUCCGGCCAUGUGGCUGCCACUGCUGCUGGGUGCCUUGCUCUGGGCAGUGCUGUGGUUGCUCAGAGACCGGCAGAGCCUGCCUGCCAGCAAUGCCUUCGUCUUCAUCACUGGCUGUGACUCGGGCUUCGGGCGCCUUCUGGCACUUCAACUGGACCAGAGGGGCUUCCGAGUCCUGGCCAGCUGCCUGACCCCCUCAGGGGCAGAAGACCUACAGCGGUUGGCUUCCUCCCACCUCCACACCACCCUGCUGGAUGUCACUGAUCCCCAGAGCGUCCAUCAGGCAGCCAAGUGGGUAGAGACACACGUCAGAGAAGCAGGGCUCUUUGGUCUGGUGAAUAAUGCUGGUGUGGCUGGUAUCAUCGGGCCCACACCAUGGCUGACACAAGACGAUUUCCAUCGGGUGCUGAAUGUGAACACAUUGGGUCCCAUCGGGGUCACCCUUGCCCUGUUGCCUCUGCUGCAGCAGGCACGGGGACGGGUGGUCAACAUCACCAGUGUCUUGGGUCGCCUGGCAGCCAAUGGUGGGGGCUACUGUAUCUCCAAGUUUGGCCUGGAGGCCUUCUCUGACAGCCUGAGGCGGGACAUGGCUCACUUUGGGGUACGAGUCUGCAUCGUGGAGCCUGGCUUCUUCCGAACCCCUGUGACCAACCUGGAGAGUUUGGAGAACACCUUGCAGGCCUGCUGGGCACGGCUACCUCCAGCCACACAGGCCCUCUAUGGGGAGGCCUUCCUCACCAAGUACCUGAAAGUGCAGCGGCGCAUCAUGAACCUGAUUUGUGACCCAGACCUCACCAAGGUGAGCAAGUGUGUGGAGCAUGCCCUGACUGCUCGUCACCCCCGAACCCGCUACAGCCCAGGCUGGGAUGCCAAGCUGCUCUGGUUGCCCGCCUCCUACCUGCCAGCCAGCCUGGUGGAUGCUGUGCUCACCUGGGUCCUUCCCAAGCCUGCCCAGGCAGUCUGCUGAACCCAGCCUUCCCGCAAGAGAUUGUUUUUCAAGGGCAGGGACUUUUAUUUAUGUCCCUGCCCUGGUAUUGGCUGGUGUCUGUCACAAAAUAGACACUCAAUAAAAGUGUAUUGUUAAAAAAAAAAAAAGUGGGCCAAAAUGAAGAUGCCCAGGGGCAGACUGA